AUCAAAUUCAGUCUCUUCAUAAAAAAUUGGAGUAGAUAAACGGAACAAAAGGAGGAGCAGGGAAUCAAUCGAUGGUGGAAUUGUUCGUCAAGCAAGCAUCAGAGUAUGCAAAGACGAGGCCGAGCUACCCAAAACAACUUUUUGAUUUUAUAGCUUCCAAGACUCCUUUCGACGACCUUGUUUGGGAUGUUGGCUCCGGAAGCGGUCAGGCUGUCGUAUCCGUGAGUUUUCUCGACAGAAUCUACAAGUCCGUAAUCGCCACCGACACGAGCUCUACCCAGCUGGACCACGUCCCGAGGCUCCCAAACGUCCACUACCGCCACACUCCGCUGACAAUCCCAACCGACGACCUACCGCUCCUCAUCGACGGCGAGUCCACCGUCGACCUCGUGACCGUCGGGCAGGCCCUCCACUGGUUCGGCCUCCCGUCGUUCUACAAUCAAGCCCAAUGGGUACUCAAAAAGUCCAACGACGUGGUCGCAGCGGUGUGCUACUGCACCCCGGAGAUCGAAUGGACGGUCGACUCGUUCUACAUGGUCGACUCAGCGCCGUACUGGAACCCACAACGGAAGCUGGUCGCCAAGGGAGGUGAAUUUAUUUUUUAUGUUUUAUUUAUUUUCUAAUUUAUUGUAAUAGUGAGGUGGAUUUUUUAAAUGAUUAUUUUUAUUAAUUUUUUAAUUGCAACAUCACUUAUUUAACGGUCAAUUAUGAGAGUUGACUGUCAUGUCAGUUAAAGUUAAUGGAGACUAAUAGAGAGUGACCAAACUUUAACUGUUUAACUAAUUUUAGUAAUUACGAAUGAAAUAAAUUAAUUUUA